CUGCCCUGUGCAGCAGCAGCGCUGCCUGGCUCCCCCGGCCUGAGCAUGUAAUGAGGCAUGUGAUUACUGCCUGUCUGCUCCAGGAGGAGGUGGCUCCGGGAUUUGCAUGGGCUGAAGGCAGCAGCAGAGGCUGCAGAGUAUUUUUAGCUGGUGUGUGGUGCGGAUCACGUUGAGGUGCACGGAGUGGGGGGGACUCAUAGCCUGCAGGAGCAUUUGUUUUUGGUGGGACCCUUUCCCUGGUGCCAGAGCACCCUCCUCUCCUCCUCAGCGCUCCUGCGAGGAAGGCACGACCCUGGACAUGGCCAGCAGCCCUGCACUGGAUCUCCAGCCGCAGGAAUCGCACCCAGACCCUGCGUGCAGGGAGGCGCAGAAGUGGAUCGAGCAAGUUACGGGUAGAAGUUUUGGUGAAAAAGACUUUCGGACGGGAUUGGAGAAUGGAAUUCUUCUCUGCGAGUUGUUGAAUGCAAUUAAGCCAGGACUUAUAAAGAAGAUCAAUAGGCUUCCAACACCCAUUGCGGGAUUGGAUAAUGUAACCUUAUUCUUGCGUGGCUGUAAAGAACUCGGGUUGAAAGAAUCACAGCUCUUUGACCCCGGGGAUCUACAGGAAAACUCCAACAGAACGACCGUCAGGCUUUCAGAUUGCAACAGGAAACUGCGAAAUGUACUAGUCACAGUUUAUUGGCUUGGGAAAGCGGCAAACAGCUGUGCGUCCUACAGUGGAAAUCACUUGGACUUGAAAGAGUUUGAGGGGCUAUUGGCACAGCUGAGAAAGGAAAAUGAGGAAAUCGAGAGUCCCAAACGGAGCAUACGUGACAGCGGCUACAUAGACUGCUGGGACUCUGAGCGGAGUGAUUCCCUCUCUCCUCCGAGACAUGGAAGAGACGAUUCCUUUGACAGCCUGGACUCCUUUGGUUCUCGCUCACAGCAGACGCCAUCUCCAGAUGUGGUGCUGAGAGGGAGCAGCGAUGGACGUGGAAGUGAUUCGGAGUCUGAUUUACCUCACAGAAGAUUGCCAGAUGUUAGAAAAGAUGAUAUGUCUGCCAGACGGGUAUCCUUUGGAGAAAACAAAGUAAUAGUGCCUUUUAACCAGUAUCUGCCCAACAAAAGCAACCAGACUGCAUACAUCCCAGCUCCCCUGCGCAAAAAGAAGGCCGAGCGAGAGGAUUACCGGAAAAGCUGGAGCACUGCCACCUCACCACUAGGAGGAGAGAGACCAUUGAGUCCAAAUCGUCCUGAAACCAUCGAGGAGGAGGGGCAGACUGAAGAUGGGACCACUGUAGUCUCUCCUCUCAAAGGGUCAUCUGGAAAAACCUCCAAACUUAAAGGAUAUUUCGAUCAACAAGAGGAUGCGAUGGAUCAGCCCUCUGUGUGUGACAGUGCAAAUGACGAAGAGGUUCAGAAAUUAAAAAGCCUCCAAAAGGUUGGAAUUAAGGUCAUGCCUGCGGCAAAGCGUUACGGCAGCUGUCCUAGUCAUGAUCAAACCCUUGAAAACCAUGAACCUGAUAUAGUUCUCCAGAGAGAAAUCACUCGCCCAACUAAUGUGGAUUCUGAGGAGGAAGAUGAGUGCAGAGUGCCUGAUAUUGAGCGAGAUGACCUGGCUACACGUAGAGCAAGAAUGAACCGACCUAAAGUUUCAACACCUUUCAAUCAAUAUAUACAAGGUUCCUAUAUUAAUAAAACAAAACCCACUCAGGACUGUUUGCCUUCAACUCCCGCUUCACCCAAGCGUUCAGUGGAUAAAAGCAAUCAUGAAAACCAGGACCGACUGAUAGAAAAGGGGACGGUCAAUCUAAGUGAUAGCAUCCUUCCAAGAACUGUAGACAAUGAGGCUGAACAAGAAAAGGAGGAUAAAAUUCCAGAUGUUCAAAGAGAUGAUUUGGCCAAGCGCAAAGCCCAGUCGGCUGUCUCUCAGCAGAAGGAGCCCCUGGUUUUCACCACUGCCUCAAUCACAAAGGCUGACCUGGAAACCUGGCAGAGGCUAAAGCUGUCUACUGGAGAUAGUGAAAAUGUGGUUCAGAAAGAGCCCCCUGAGAAUGACCAAAUGACCAAGAUUGAUGUGACCAGAGCAGCCAAUGAUGAUUUUGGUAGACGCAAGUUAUCGUUACAAGAGAAGAGGGCCAGAAACAAGCAGAAGUUUGUCCACUUUGGGCCAGUAACUGAGAUCGACCAGCAGAGAUGGGAUAAAUUGUGCAUUGCCAAGCCCAGUUCUAGUGAUGCAAGUGUAAGGGACAACAGUGUCUCCGACAUCAUAAGCACUAAAGCAGUUUUUUCAGACAAUGCUCCAGAUGCACAAGUCUUGGUCACACCAGUGCUACACUCCAAGCCAAGUAGAUCUACUAUGGCUGAGGUUUGCAGGACACCAGAUGUCCCUGAACCACCUGAAAAGGAGGAUAGCAGACUUUUCCUAGAUACCCAACGGGAUGACAUGUUGGCACGCCGAAUUGGCACUUUUCAGAAGUGUGCCAGAGUUGCCCAGCCAUCGCCUGAUUUGGACUCUACCAAGACCGUAAAUCAUGGAAGACUACCAAGCCAGAAGAUGGAACUGAAGGGGCAUAAACAGCCAUUGCAAGAGGAUACCCAACACCUGAGUAAUGUUCUACCUUCCAGUGGCAUGGAAGCAAGCAGUGCUAAUCCUAGCCUUGACGUCGCACCUCCUGCCUUAGUAGAAGAUGUGCGUAAAGAAGACCAAGGCUUGCAGGACAGAAGUACACCAGAGCCAAGAAAAACUGAUGUACUGGUCAGAGGAAUUCUGCUCGCACCGAAACAAUCUGGUGCGACGUUGUCUCACUUCCUCCCGAUGCCAUUUUCUGUACAACAAAAAGUAGAGGAAAAAUCCUGUGCCUUGUCGCACAUGGAAAAGGAGCCAACGAGCUAUCUCCAAACCAACACCUUUACGCAAAGUAGUAUUCCCCAAGGCCCUACACCUGUAAGGUCUGAGGAUCCAUCAAAGCUACUUCACCAGAACAAAGCUGAAGACCCAAAUGAAAUAAGAGAUGAUCUGAAGUGCCAACCAACUUGCAGCCCCAUGCAGGGCAGUCCCACAAUUGCAGAUCUUAAAUCCCAGCAACAGGAAUCUCACGAAAGCUGUGACCAUGAGUUAUCGAGAUUCAGCACACGGUCUGCUCUGUCAGAUGACGCAGAGAGUGUAAGCAUGUGCGACAUGAGGUAUGAAGAGGAGGGAAGUAUGCUGCCCCACAGCAAAGCUCACCAUGAACACUUACAGUUUGUCAAUGAUCUACUCAAAGAGGAGGAUGACACAUGGCAGAAUGACCUGGCUCGGUGGAAGACCCGCAGGAGAAGUGCAUCACAGGAUUUGAUAAAGAAGGAAGAGGAAAGGAAGAAGAUGGAAAAGGUUCUCCGUGGAGAAGAUGAUUCGUCUGAAAGGAGAAAAAGCAUUAAAACAUACAAGGAAAUAGUAGAAGAGAAAGAGCGACGAGAAAAAGAAUUGCAUGAAGCCUACAAAAAUGCCAAGUCACGGGACGAAGCCGAGAAGAUCCUGCAGAAAUACAUUGAACGGUUCACAAUAAGUGAGGCUGUCCUGGAACGUUUAGUGAUGCCAAAAAUUAUGGAGAGAAGCCAUUCGGUAGAGCCGGGCUUACUCUCCUCAUCAGAGGACCCCAACCCACUGAAGUACCUGAGACAGGAGUCAUUGCCAUCUCCAAAGUUCACUGCUACGGUGGAGGCAACCAUAUCUCCCAGCGGUGAAUCAGAAUUGAAAACACCAGCAGUUUGCACAUCUCCUACAAAAAAUGUGGUCUCUAAGGCAGUGCCUAUGCUGACUCCCAAGCCUUACUCCCAGCCGAGAAACACCCAGCAGGUCCUGAAAAGAUUCAAGGUGGAUGGGAAAGUUAGUGAGAAUGGAGAAACCCCCAAUGGGACAGUGGAUCAGAGAGAAAGGGGAGCCAGCGACAUUCAGACCUUUGCCCCAUCACUGACGCGCUCACAGAGGUUUGAAGGUGUUGCCAGAGUGGACCCAUCAGCAUCCCAGGUGAAGAUGGAUGUCUCUUCCAUUGAACUCAGCUUGACAAGGCCAAAUGUGCAGAGUUCUAUCACGAAUCCAGAGGUUUUCUCUCAAGUUGCAAAUCACACAAAGCAGGUGGAUUCUGCGUUGUCACCAGUCUCCAACCACAUGGAGCAGAUGAUAGAAGAUUCUGCGCCACCUGCUGGCAUAAGCAGGGAGGGAUCCGCUGUGACCAGUAUACAGUUUAUGCCAUCUGUCACUACAACCGAACUCACUAUGAAUGGGAAAGAUGAAGUUGACAGGCAACAAGUGGAUGCAAAUUCACUGGUCAUGCACUGGUCUCUGGAUUCUGUGACCAAGGAACAGAAAGAAAUGACUUUGACUCAGGUAAAGAGAGCACCUGAAGAUGGAAAGGAUUCUCUACGGAAAGAGCAGUAUGGAUCUCUCCAUAAAAUCCAGCUAAACAUUACUCUUAAGAUCCAGCCCGCUGUGCGUCGCCCCCAGUGUAUUUUAAAGUCAGGCGGGCCGGAGAGCAGUGAGAACUCAUCAGCUUUGCAACCACCAUUAAAUUCCCCAAGUCGAUUUUGCACCUGGGACCCAGAAGAGGAGCGCAGGCGGCAGGAGAGGUGGCAGCAGGAACAGGAAAGGUUGCUCCAGGAAAGGUAUCAAAAAGAGCAGGAGAAGCUGAAGGAGGAAUGGGAGAAGGCCCAGAAAGAAGUGGAAGAAGAGGAGCGUAAAUACUAUGAGGAGGAAAGGAAGAUCAUUGAAGACACAGUCAUGCCACUGACCACGUCCCCAGUCACCAGCGUACACCAUGGUAUUUCUGAAACCAAUGGGACUUCUGUCUCCAGCCAUACAGAGCUUGUACCGGGAGGACAGGAAGAGACCACUGGAGAGCCGUGGACAGAGGCCAAAAAGAAUAUAGCACAGACAGAAGAUGGCAAACCGCAAGUGCAGCUGUGGACACUAGAGGGAGCUCUGCACAGAACAGACAAGGAGCAGAUACAGAGAAACAUAAUUGAAACAGAAGAGAGAAUGUCUGUGGGGGAAAGUGACCAGAUGCAACAACAGCAGUGCAACACUUCCAGCAAACUGCACUUACACUUAGGAGUGUCAUCAGAGUCCUAUUUAUCUGAGGAUGUGAGGUCUCUUAAUAAUUGUGUUGAUAAUAACAGUGUCCAGCAGAGGGCACCCUCCUUGGACUCAAAGGGAUCCUCUUCCUGGGAGAAUACAAGGGACAUUGGCUAUUCCACGCAGUCUUCUGCACCACAGUGCCAGUCACCCAACAGGUACAAAAGGUCUGUGAGUGGGAAGAAAUUGUGCUCUACGUGCGGACUUGCUCUUGGCAAGGGAGCAGCCAUGAUAAUCGAGACGCUCAGUCUGUAUUUCCACAUCCAGUGCUUCAAGUGUGGAAUCUGUAAGGGACAACUUGGUGAUGCGACUACUGGAACAGAUGUCAGAAUUCGUAAUGGCCUUCUAAACUGUAACGAUUGUUACGCAAGAUCCAGAACGGCCGGCCAUCCUACACCAUUGUGACUCCACCAUCUGCCAUGAGAACCUUCCCAGGAGAGGAUGUCAAUCUUCACUAAGGGCGGACUCCAGACAAUCUCUUUACCUGCAGCGCUCCUGACGCUCCUCUCAUGAUGAGAAUGGAAAACUGUGUGUGGUGCUUGCUAGUUUACUACAUUGUUGUUAUAAGAUUUACAGACGUUCAUUUGUGAAAAGCAUCUGGUAGAUUUAAUCUAUCAAACACCACAGAGGCGUUUUUUUUUUUUUUAAAUUAAUUGCCAAGAAGAGCGCGGUCAGGCCCUAGUCUAGCAUUACCCAAGGGGAAGGCUUUAGGUGAUGUGUACACGUGGGUUGGUCUUUGCUACAUGAUCUGAUGUGCCUCUUCUAGUUUAACUUAAAAAUUAAGGGUGCAUUCAAUCUAAUUGUAAUCAUAGGGCUUCAUGUUAUGCACAAGUUUCAUCACACCAGCAAACACAUCUACAGCCAGCGCGCAGCCAUGGUUGCGGUGCUGGGUGAUAGUAUUAGGGUGACACUGCCUACCGCUGGGAUUGUAAGGGGAGCAGGCAGUUUUAUAUGCCUCACUGUUCUUGCGCUUGUCGGACAGAUCUUGAGGAAGAUGAAUAUUUUUAUACUGUAUUUAGUCAUCUAUUGCAGCACAAGGUUAGACUAAGGAUCUGUAUGUGUAAACUCUGUAUACAGUGCAUUUGAUGUAGACAGCGUAGGUCUCUUGCUGUCCCACUCUCUGCAGAAACUGUUGCCUCAGCAUUCAUUUUGUGACCAGGACUGUAAUGUGUGUAAUCAAGACGCUCGUGUGGCUUAUGAGUGGGCACAGGUGCUUGCCACACAGUGUUCAGUAGGACACAUUUGCAUUUCUCCAUUCAGACACUAGGUGGCGCCAUCAUACUGAAAAAUACUGUCAGUGGUUAUUUGUGCUCCAUUAUAAGGUUUGGAAUAAUUGGCGUAUUUACACUGAGCGUUGGGUUUGGCACAAGGAACCAUUCUUUCUCUAGCGUUCUUGGUUGUCUGAAAGAAGACUCCUGGGCUUUGCAAAACACUUGGAGAAUGUUUAUAGAGCAUAGGCAACUUCUCUUAAUUGACAAGUGCACUAUUAAUGGUAUGGGAGAAUAUUGAUAAGACAGAUGUGGUUAUAUUCUGCCUCUAACCAGUAGCUUGGUGUGUAAAGUAAUGAGAGCUGCAUUUUUUUUACUAUUCAUUUCUGGAAAAGGGUUUUCAGAUGUUUUUUUAUGCCGAGUGUGAGAUUUCAGCCAGACUUUGCAGUUCUCCUUACUGUGAUAUAAAGGAAUUAUUGGGAGCGAAAUAAGUGAAUGUUGCAGGAAACCUGAGAUCUUGUUGAUUCUCAUAACUAGCUGCUGGCAAGUCAGCGGCCUAUCAGCAGGAACACAGUGUUCCGGCCCCCAGGCUCGGUGUCUCAGCGCCUAGCACCCUACAGACUGAAUAUAACCUAUGUACACGAGCGGCUAAAGGACACCUUUCUUUGCAAGGUGCCUUAUUAGUGUGUAACAGAGUUUGUGUCAUGUCGAUGUUUUUCAUUUCCCGUGAAAGUAAUAAAAUAUAUUCAUUUUGCUGUAGUAUAAGCAAUAACAUGUCUUAUUCUGCUAGUAAGAACUAUUUAUUUAAGCAAUAGUUUGUUUUGCAUGUGUUUUGCUAUUCACUAGAUCCGGUCCCUUUAUCGUUUAUUGAGCAUAUAUGGUUGUGUUACAUCUGCAGCAUCAACUGCACAUCGUAACAUGCCAAAGGUGCCUUAAAUGCAGAAGCUGUCUCACAUUGCGGCAGGUGCAGCAGAUGCAAUGACGCUACAGUAAAUGAUGCACAGAGGGCGGUGCACGUGCUGCUCACAGCACUGAAAGACCGAAAAAUAUUCAUAAAAGAAAAAAAAAUAGAUUUUGCGGUUUCUUUUGUAGACCUUGCUGACAGCUCGCAUGGUUCCUAGUCCAUGAUGUUUACACGUUGCAUGGUGUCUGCAAAUACUUUACACCUUAUUCCAGCACCGCAUAUAACAUGCACACUAUAAACAUGACAAUACUGUUGGGUUUUCCUGUCCAAUUAUUUUACUUAUGUACUGAAACCAUAUGGAAAAUUACAAAUCCUUUUUGUUGCUUCACUGACCCAUCUUGUGCUUUUACACUGUGGGGGAUGUAUUAUUUACACUGAAAAGUACAUACUGUGUGGCUUGUAUGAGAUAACAGACUUUCUGUGCUUUAAACUGGUCACCAGCACAACACAGGUGGACUGUAGUAGUCUGCCUACCAGCUACCUGGAUACAUCAAUGGGGGGAAUUCAGUUGUUUGAAAAGUCAGUUGGGUGUCUGUUUUUUUCCUGUCCAUUAGAUAGGAAAAAAACAGACACCCAACUGUCUUUUCAAACAAUUGAAUACUCCCCAAUGUCUGUAUCGCAUUGCAGCUUCUUUCCAAACUUUGAUGACUUGUAUUGAACUGCCAGUAGGAAUAUUUGACCACCCGGUUGCCUAAGAAACAGUCCCAUUCAGUCGUCUCAUCACCUUUAUCCUCAACACCGCAAUUAAAUGUACAUUUACCGACAGGCUUACCAAAUAAGGAGCUAGCGUGUGAUUGCAUUGUAUAUUCUCCUAACAAAGUGUAUCCGUGUGCAAUCUUCUCCUGUGAAAGAAUAAAACAUUUCGACUCUGUACUUAUGGUCUUGCUGAGUAUGUUUUUUUUUUUUUUGUAAUUAUUACUACCAACAUGUUAAUGGAUUCUUCAAUAGAACAGGCCUGCUCCUAAGCAUUGCAAGAACAACAGUACAUCUAGCCACUGUGUUUAAUUGUUUUGUCAGUUUUUAACCUAUCCGAGAUGAGCAGUUGUGUGUUAAUCUGUGUUCAUUGUGCGGUGCAUAUUGCCUUAACUGGGACAUUGUACUGUCGGGUUCCAAUGUUCUAUUCAAUUCGUAUCACCCUGGUCAGAUGGGUGUUAAUUGGAAAGCAUUCUUGAUGCAUCAGCUUUUAUAGUAAAUGUAUGUUUAUAAAGAAAUAAAAUAUUGGACAAAAUCUGAAAA